AUUUUAUAUUGUUGUUAAUAAUAAAUUAAAGCAACAAAACAACCUGAAGAGUCGGUUGGGAGCCGAAGGAGUCGGAUCUUCUUAGUGAGUCGAGCCGAAAACUCCAAUUCUGUAAAAGGAGUCGGAAAUCCCAUCACUAGUGCAUUUGUGCGUGUCGCGCCUACCGCUCGAGUUACGGUGCGUUCACACCGAACGCGAUUGAGGCGGCCAGAGCGUCAGGUUCACAUGUAAAGUCAAUGGAAAGAGCGCGAUGACACGUGAUUGCGCAUCUGGCGAAAAUGCGGAAGCAGAUUUGCAUCGCCAAAACGCCUGAAAGGGGCGUAAGUGUAGCGCGUGGGGCGCGUUUGACUCGCGAAGAAAACCACACGUGUCAGAUUCUGUGUUGCAUUUUGUGCACAUGCGCGUAUCGCGCCAACCGCUCGAGUUGGAAAAUCUGAACUCUGGCGUCAAAUCGCGCCCCAACAACCAAUCGGGAGGCCGGUGACGUGGCCCUGACCUAGGUCAAAAGGGCAGAUCCAGCCAGAGCCCGUCAUACGCCAAUCAAUAUGGAGGAAAAGCUCAUCAAUGCCGUGGCCAACCAUUCAGAGCUAUAUGAUGCCAGCUGCUACUUUUAUCGAGACAGGAAUAAAAAGGACCUAGCUUGGAGGCACAUAAGUGAGGAGAUCGGGCAACCUGGUAAGUUCAUUCAUUCUCCUUUGUAAUUGUCAUACUGACCCGAUGAAGCCGCGCAAAACCUAGCAAGCCCGCCGACAUCCCGCUAUUUCCCCACUGAUGUACAAAUACCUUUCUGCUAACAAGAUAAUGUGUUCAUUCAGAGGACAUGUGCAGGAAAAAGUGGAAGAGCCUCAGGGACACCUAUAAUGAGGAGAAGAGGACGGAGAAGGAGAAGAGGAGCGGGUCUGCAGCAGGAUCGGGGAGGAGAUGGAAGUUCUCCGCGAUCAUGAGGUUUCUGGACCCCUUCUCACCCCGCGGGAGACUAGCUGCAAUAUGGUGCGGACCGUGGAGAACUUUCCCCCCCCCCGCGCGCAAUGCGCAUUGCAUUCUGCAGCCCAAUUGACAAAUCUCCUCCGUGUCGUGUCUCCUGCGCUUGCCAAACCUAUCAUGUUUGGUUGUGAUAACCAUCACGUCCAGAAGGAAAAAGAGCACAAAAACACGCAUAAACUAUGACCCUCAUUCGGAAAUGCACACCUGCACCAUGAGGGGAAAAGGCGCACGAACAUGGCGCAUAGACGGAGGAAAAGCGCGCAAUAACAAUACGUUCAUGUGUAAAAUCGGUUUGCACUUUAAGAAUCAACUUGUGAGAACUGCGACUACUGUCCAUGUGCUGCAAUACAUGAGAAACCACUGCAAAUAAUCCCUCUCUGACUAUUGGUUUCAACCUGUUAACAUGUAAUAUUUUCCUGAUAGAGACAACUGAUCAUGCAGCAGAGCAAACACCUGUUGCUCCCCAGUCCCUGGUCCCUCCACCCCUGCUGCUGCACCCACAGGCCCACAGAGGAGGACAGCUCCGAAGCGGACGAGGGACGGUCCAUCAGCGGUGGAGCUGGCCAUCCUGGAGUCCCUGAAGCGGCCACGCCAGUCUCCAACAGAGCAUUUCCUCCUCGGUCUUGUUCCUGCUCUGGAGAGCAUGCCGCCUCAGACCAGAGAAUUUGUCAAGUUUCUAAUUCAAAAAUUAGUUUAUGAAAACAGCACAGCUACAAUAUCUGACAACUGUGAUGAGAAAAAUAAGGUGGACGGCAAUUUGGCAAACAUGAGGAGAGCUGUGGAGGACAAAACCUGCACCUCUGAUUUUGAGUUGUCAGUAACCAUCGAGGCAUCAAACACUUAUGAGUCAGAGCUGCAUAAAAUCAAGGAGCAUCGUUUGGAUCAAGAACACAUGUUGAUGAGUGCUUCUGAGAGUGAGGUCGAUAAAGAGAAUACUACUGCAUCAAACAGAAGACUGAAGAGGAAAGCUGUGGAUGAAGACCCUGGACUGCACACAUCACUGAAAAAGCUGAACCCUCUUGGCCCUGUUGUUGCUGACAGACUGCACACCCAGUGUAAAGAAGAGCAGGACCACAUCCCCAUAAUAAAGAUCAACUCAGUCUGUUCAAUGGCCUCCCCUGCUCCAUCGCCACAGGGCUGCUCAGGAUCCACGAGCACCAUGGCCUCCACCCCAGAGUUAAAAAUCGGCCAGAAGCUCAAUGAGGGCAAGACUAAACAGAUUUUUGAGCUGGUGGACCAGCCGGGACUGGUUCUAGUCCAGUCUAAGGACCAGAUCACAGCUGGGAACGCCGUGAGGAAAGAUCAGAUGGAGGGCAAAGCUGCCAUUGCCAACAAAACCACGAGCUGCGUGUUCCAGCUGCUGCAGGAGUCUGGCAUUAAGACAGCCUUUGUUAAGCAGCACUCGGACACGGCGUUCAUCGCAGCGCACUGCCAGAUGAUACCCAUUGAGUGGGUGUGUCGCAGAGUGGCGACUGGAUCUUUCCUCAAGAGGAAUCCAGGAGUCAAAGAGGGCUACCGCUUUUCUCCUCUAAAGAUGGAGAUGUUCUUUAAAGAUGAUGCCAACAAUGAUCCUCAGUGGUCAGAGGAGCAGCUGCUGGAGGCCAAACUGUGUGUGGCUGGGCUCACUAUUGGUCAGUGUGAGGUGGACAUAAUGAGUCGCAGCACUGUGGCCAUUUUUGAGAUAGUGGAGAAGGCCUGGGCCACUCAGAACUGCACCCUGGUGGACAUGAAGAUUGAAUUUGGCGUCAGUGUGAAAAGUGGAGAGAUUGUGCUCGCUGACGUGAUUGACAACGAUUCAUGGAGGCUUUGGCCAGCUGGAGAUGGGAGCCAGCAAAAAGACAAACAGGUGUACAGAGAGCUGAAGGAAGUGACCCCAGAGGCAAUGCAGAUGGUGAAGAGGAAUUUUGAGUGGGUCUCUGAAAGGGUCAAGUUGCUGCUGGAGCCCCAGGCAAGCAGCAGGGUGGUGCUUUUAAUGGGCUCCACCUCAGACGUGGCCCAUUGUGAAAAGAUAAGAAAGGCGUGCGCCUCCUACGGGAUCCCCUGUGUCCUCAGAGUCACCUCGGCACACAAGGGUCCAGAUGAGACGCUGCGCAUUAAAGCUGAAUAUGAAGGUGAUGGCGUACCCACUGUGUUCGUGGCUGUGGCUGGGAGGAGUAACGGCCUCAGCCCAGUGAUGUCUGGUAACACGGCUUACCCUGUGAUCAGCUGCCCUCCUCUCACUCCAGACUGGGGACCACAACAUGUCUGGUCAUCCCUCCGCAUGCCAAGUGGUCUCGGCUGCUCCACCGUGUUGUCUCCUGAAGCUUGUGCUCAGUUUGCAGCGCAGAUCUUGGGGUUGAGGGACCACCUGGUGUGGUGCAAACUGAGGGCAUCCAUGCUCAACACCUGGGUGUCUCUCAGGCUGGCUGACAAGAAGUUACAGGCCUGCAGCCUCUGAAGAGCCCAGCGUGCAUCACACUGAACAAAAGAGCUUUGGUCCAUUUAGCACCCUUGAAGCCAACUGCAGGACUGACAAUGACACAAUUCAUUUCAUUGAGGCCGAGUUUAUAACAUGGAACUGUUUCUAAUAGAUUUGUUAUAGUUUCUCAAUUUUAAUAGAAUUUUAUGGAAUGUUUUAAUUUGUUUAUUUAUUUUUGCCUGCAUGUUGUUGCUGCCUGUGUUUAAUUGUGUCAUUUUUGUAACUUGCUGCUGCCCAUCGUCAGGUCUCCCUAAAAAAGGUUUUUGUUUCAGUGGGAUCUUCCUGGUUGAAUAAAAGAAAAAGCAAAAAGUGGAAUCAAAACAUGUAAACAGUUUGUUGAUGGUGGCUCACAGCACGGACACGUGGACAGGAAGUCGUGUCAUGGAGCUUUCUUUUCUGACUCGAUGCAAUAAAACAUUUAAAUACUCGUAUUCAAA